AUGAGAGAUGAUAAUAUAGUUAGAUUAUAUGAUAUAAUUCAUUCAGAUUCCAACAAAUUAUAUUUAGUAUUUGAAUUUUUAGAUUUAGAUUUAAAAAAGUAUAUGGAAUCAAUACCACAAGGUGUUGGAUUAGGUGCUAAUAUGAUUAAAAAAUUCAUGAAUCAAUUAAUCAAGGGUAUUAAACAUUGUCAUUCACAUCGAAUUUUACAUCGUGAUUUAAAACCACAAAAUUUAUUAAUUGAUAAAGAAGGUAACUUAAAAUUGGCUGACUUUGGUCUUGCUCGUGCUUUCGGUGUUCCAUUAAGAGCAUAUACGCAUGAAGUUGUUACAUUAUGGUACAGAGCACCAGAGAUUUUAUUAGGUGGGAAACAAUAUUCAACUGGGAUAGAUAUUUGGAGUAUUGGAACUAUAUUUGGUGAGAUGGUGAAUAGAAAACCAGUGUUUCCAGGUGAUUCAGAAAUUGAUGAAAUUUUCCGUAUAUUUAGAAUGUUGGGUACACCAAAUGAAGAAGUUUGGCCAGAUGUUUCAUAUUUGCCUGAUUUCAAAUCAUCAUUUCCAAAAUGGAAAAAGCAAAUAUUGGGUCCUUUUUUUCCAAGUUUAGAUCCAAAGGGAGUUGAUUUAUUAGAGCAAAUGUUAAUUUAUGAUCCAAGUAAAAGAAUUAGUGCAAAAAGGGCAUUGAUUCAUGACUAUUUUAAUGAUGAUGAUGAUAGUAAUAAUAAUGAUUUUGAAAAAUCUAUUAAUAUGGGUUAA